CUUGGCAGUUGUUAUUACGCGGGAUCUUUCUUCUUUAACAAACACAAUAAUCAAAAGUUGCAAUUUCAUGCUCCUGUGCUAUGAUUUUUAUUGGGUGUGUGGGUUCCAGCCUUACAUAGAAUUGGAAUGUAGUUUUAACAGGGAUAGGAUACUGCACCUCCAGUUUCUUCACAAACAACCAGCAAAUUAUGUCCAGCGCCUCAGAAAUUCCACAAGACCAAGCGGAGGAGGAGAAUGUCUCAAAACCUCAGAACCAAGAAACCAUCCCCACCACCACCCCGGAUAUUACCCAACAAGAAGCCGCCCAGGUGGCCGCGGCCGGGUCGGCAAAUCCUCCCACUCCAGUCAACGACACUGCAAAGGCAGCAAAUGCUGGGGACCAGCUAAAGGUGUCCAGCAGCUCAGAAAUCGCAGCAGAAGAGAAUGCAACAGACACUGCGCAGGCAGCAACUGCUCAAAACCAGCAAAAGAUGUCCAGCAGCCCAGCAAUACCAGAAGAGGAAGCAAUAGCCAAUUCCCCUAAUCCUCCCGAGUCCACAACGAGCAACCAGAAUCAAGAAAAACCGUCCAAUGUCCAAGAAAUUUCUCCGGGUGCAGGCGUAGCCGCUUCAACUGGUCAUCCAAAACUCGACUGUUCAGCCCAGCCCACAGAAACCCGGAGUCAAGAAACUGGUUUUUCCAGUGUCCCAGAAAAUACACCAGAGGAAGCCGAAGCCAAAGCCAAAGAUGCCGACGCCACCACUCCUCCUAAACUCGAUAAUACUCCUGCUCAGUCCACCACCAGUGAAAUAACCCAUGAUCUAAAGAAAACUGAUGAAAAUGAAGCUCCAAAGAAAGAUUUAACCACCAAAGGCAGCACUAGUCCUCCUGUAAAUGAAACCCCAAAACAAGAUUCAACCAAUGCUUCCCCAAAACCAGGUUCCUUUCCGACAGGCGUCCGUUCGAAAAAAGACUCAAUCUGCCUCCCUUUUCUAGGCUUCCACAAAUCCAUGGAGAAAAAACCACAAUCCAAGAAGAAGCCAGUCCAAGACAGCACUGCCACUACUUCUUCUGGCAAAGAUGAGCUUCGCAAGUUGAUUGAUGCAGAUAUUAAGUACAUAGAGAAGGAGAUAAUCAACCUCGACAAGUACAAGGACCAAGUACUUUCGCAGGUAAAUGAGGCAAAGCAGAGGUUUGACAAUCUCAGCAGCAAUGAUCAAGGUACCGAAAGAGAAUUUGACGAUCUCAGGAAGGAAGUGACCAAGUUGAAGCUUCAGAUACCAUCAAAACACAAAGCUGAUGCAGAAGAGAAAGAUUCACACAAAAGUCAGCAGGCCGGUAAGUCCUCAAGAAACAUACCCGACGCCGUGAAGGAAAAAAUGCCUCAGUUAUAUAUGAGCAGCUCGAUUGAAAAUUGUGUUGAGGUGAGAGAAUUUAAGGCUCUUUUUAACGGGCUUGCUCUGGAAGAGAAGCUCUGUUUGCUCUGUUUUGCUGUGUUCCCUGAAAAAGCUAUUAUCAAGAAGAGGCUGAUGGUCCACUGGUGGAUAGCAGAAGGUUUCAUGCCACCAAGACAACAAGAUGCCAAUCGGAAAACUGCUGAGGAGUUUGCUGAUGAGUACUUUGAGAAGCUAACAAGAUUGGGAUUCAUUGAGCCAGUGAAUAAAAAGCGUAGCCUCUAUGUGGGAUGUUACAAAAUGCAACCUUUUGUUAGGCUUGCACUGAUCACGAUGGCUGAAAAAGCCAAGUUCUUUAAUUUUGACAAGGAGGGUAAUCCAACUGAGGAUUUUUCUGGCACAUUGCAGGCGUGCUUGAUGGGCAGAGGUCUGUUGGACUAUCAAGAUUUACAGAACGAGCGCGCAAAUCCAGAUUUGGAGAAACUUCAUGCUGUGUUCAAUGUCAAUGAGGCGAUCCUUGACUUUAAGCCCGAAUGGUUUUCAAUGAUGAAGAAUCUGAAUUUUCUUCAUCUAGGAAGUUGGAAAGUGUCACCCACUGAUCACAUUGAGGUUGACGAGUCCCAUUUCUUGAAUGGAUUGAGCAGUAUGGAGCAUUUGAAGUUCUUUAGUCUUCAAGGAGUUUCGAGAAUAAUGGAGCUUCCUGAAUCCAUUUCAAAUUUGUCAAAUUUGAUAAUCUUGGACCUGAGAGCCUGUCACAGCCUUGAGUCAAUUCAUGAAGGUAUCCGCUAUAUGAAGAAUUUAACAUACCUGGAUAUCUCCGAGUGCUAUUUGCUAGAGCGUAUGCCCAAAGGUAUUUCUAUGCUCUCAAAUCUACGCGUGCUGAAGGGGUUUGUCGUAAAAUCAGAGCAGGGCCAGGGCAAGGGCAAGGGCAAAAACACUUGCACUCUUAAAGACCUGGCACAAUUGAAAAAGCUGAUCAAAUUAAGCAUUUAUACUGGCCUUGUUGAAUUUCCCACUCGUAAGCAUCUUGAAGAUUUGCAGAAGAUAGAGGCUCUUAAGAAGCUUACCAUGGCAUGGGGUGGGACUCCACUGCAUACUGAAGAUGCUAGCAAGACUGAAGACUCUAUACAACUGACGAACCUGGAAAAACUGGACCUUAAGUCUUUCCCCAAGACUGCCACCCCCGGUUGGCUGGAGCCUUCCAGUUUGAAGUCACUAAAGAAACUAUACGUUCGAGGUGGGAAGUUCUCUGAUUUGGGGCAAUACCAGUAUCUUGAUCAGAAAGGACCAAAUGAACCAGCUAAAAACAAAUGGAACGUAGAAAUACUGCGACUCAAGUAUCUAAGUGAAAUAAAAAUGGAUUGGAGAGAGCUGCAAGACUUAUUUCCAAAUUUGAUUUAUUUGGAGAAAGUCAACUGCCCCAAGCUUUCUUUCUUCCCAUCUGAUGGAUAUGGAGUUUGGAUCAAUGAGGAGAAGUUAAAGCAGAUGCAAGUGAGGUCACAAUGAAUUUGUCAAACAUUCCUCGAAUAAUCUUGGAAUGCUGGGUGUAUGGUGGUUGCCUCUGAUCAAAAUUUCACCAUGAUAUUGGGGUUGUCUUUUUUUUGGAUUUGCUAGUAAACUUUUUUUCUUGUUUUUUUUUUUAAUUGCCAUCUAUGCUUACCAAUGUGUUAAUGGAUAUCUUUUAUUGCCUUUUUCUUCUAUGUUGAAGUAAUUGGUAUGGUUGUGUUUUUUGUUGAAUGUCUUGUCAAAUUUGUUGGACACUAUGAAUUGUAGAUAAUCAUAUCCGAAAUAUGUAUGAUUUUUGCAGCUA